UUCCUCCCAUCCAUUUUUGGUGGUGGGAAUCAAAACACAUCUCUUCUUUUAUUUAUUUACCUUUUUCUUCCUCUGGGUUUUCAGAUUCUUCCCCAAAUUUGUUUCCUUUUUUGCUCUCUCAAACACUUUUCCCUUCUUAGGGUUUGUAAGGAUACAAAAAAAAAAAAAAAAAAAAACAUUUUAAAAUAACAAAACGAAACAAAUUUCCAAAUUUGCCAUUUUUGUUGUUGCUGUUUUCUUCUUCUUUGAAAUCAAUCCCUUCCCAUUUCAGGAGUUGAGUUUAGCAGUUUCUUUCAUUAAGUUUAUCAUACAUUUUGUUUCCAUUUUUGGCCUUCCCUUCCAUUUUUGUUCCAUUCUCUUCCUUCAUUGAAACCCUUUUGUUGCAUUCAAAAACCUGUUCUUGUUCUUGUUGUUCUUCCCUGGAGGGGUUUUUCUUAAAAGGAAAAGGAAAAUGGUGAGAGGAAAAACUCAGAUGAGAAGAAUAGAAAAUGCGACAAGUCGGCAAGUGACAUUCUCGAAGCGUCGGAAUGGGCUUCUUAAGAAAGCCUUUGAGCUCUCAGUUCUCUGUGAUGCUGAACUUGCUCUCAUUAUUUUCUCUUCCAGAGGCAAACUUUAUGAAUUUUCAAGCUCAAGUAUGCAGGCCACGGUGGGGAGAUAUCUAAGGCAUACAAGAUCAGAUCAAUCCCAUCAUCUUGAUCAACCUUUACCUCAUCAACACGAUUUACAAGCUGUUCAGAAUGAAGCUGCAAGUUUGUUGAAGGAGAUAGAGUCAGUUGAAGUUUCAAAGAGGAAAUUGCUGGGUGAAAGUCUAGGAACAAGCUCAUAUGAAGAACUCCAACAAUUAGAACAACAACUAGAAAGAAGCUUAUCCCAUAUUAGAGCUAGAAAGCAUGAGGUUUACAGGGAACAGAUAGAACAACUAAAAGAAAAGGAGAAGCAUUUGACAGCUGAAAAUGCAAAGCUAGCUAAGAAGUACGACGUUGAAGAGGAGCGUCAACAAUCUCCAACUCAAAUACAGUUAGCAGAAGUUUCACCUAACUAUGGAGAAAGUAGUUCCAUUUCAGACGUUGAAACGGAUUUGUUCAUUGGACCUCCCAAGUCCAGAUCCAAGUGACUUUAUUUUCAUCUUCGUUUUAUAGUAAUCAACGACUUAAUUAACCUUCUUUUUCUUUUAAAUUAAUUAAUUAUAUUAAAUUGUAUCAUAA